AUGAAAACCUUCCUGCUACUAGCGGGAAUAACGCUAGCAUUGCUUGCGCCAUGGGCUUGGGAAACCCUUUUUGGAAGAAGCUCGAAUCUUGCAAAUUCAUUGCGUGGUUACAAAUUUGAUGACAUUACAGUGACAAUACCAGUAUCGCUCACGUUCAUCAAUGAAAAAUUUAACAUGCCCGAUCUCAUUGCAGCUUCACAAAUUCAGAUCGAUAGGGAGAUAAAACGAUUGACAAACGUAUCUAUUCAAGUUCUAUUGAAAGAUAAUUUAGAUGGAAUGUCAGAGAGACAGGAGUACAACGUGGACCUAGUAUUGCAGCGCGAUGAUUCGCUUGGAAUAUUCCCUGCAUCUCUCACAGCAGUCGUUUUUUACUCCUUGGAUUCCAUUCACUCAAAUGAUCUACCGUUUUUUAUUACUCAAACGAUACUACAUCACUUCUUGUACGCGGACAUUCAGCUUCUCAAUAGACCCAAUACUGAUGAUUUGCCAGAAGAGCUUAACUUUGAGGUGGGAUUCGGAAACGAGGUGCCAUCGAAUAUUUCUGAGAAGGCUAUUGUUGCAAUUGAAGAUUUUACAAAACAAACAGCACAAUUGGCGAAUGUGAAGUGGAAACUUAAUAAUCAAUUGCUGUUGCGAGGAGACGAAAUUGUACUAAAAUUCCCCGAAAAAAUGGUCAAACGCUUAAGAGUCACAGAUAGUAUUGCACAGAGGAUUACAAAGGCAUUAGAAGGUCAGCUUCUACUUCCAGAAAGACCAAGUGCCAAUUUACUAAUCAAGGUUCUUGCCGCUACUAGGAGAAAAACGAUGUUAAACUUGAUACGGUUAAUAAGUAAAGUUGAGGAAUCACUGCUGUAUAGAGACCUGUUGGCAACAAAGAUAUCAGGAUUGAUUGAGUCUUUCAAUCGAGCUAAUAGCUCGUCACUUGGACAAAUACUAAAUGAGACAAAUUUUCUAUUAUCGGAAUUUGAAUGCAGCCCGUUGUAA